GGAUCCCCGAGCCCCCGCAGGCUCCUGAUUGUCCGCUCACGCAAUCGGCGAUGCUGUGCAAUCACCUCAAAAUGGCAGUGAUGGUCUGUGAAGGCGUUCUAGAGGUACCCUCCCAACACAAAUGAACCUGCCCACACAUCACAGUGUUCUCUUAUCACGUGACCAGAGGGCCUUAAGGAUUCAGAGACUCGUGCGCCCCCUGAUGGAACCAUCCAAGGGUCCUGUUGAUGCAUUCAUUCAAAACUGAGAAAAAUAAUCAAAACAUAACCAAAUGUAAUUAGUUAUACUACUUUGAGAAAGUAAUUUUAUAGUUACACUAACAGGGUAACUUGUAAUUGUAACCAAACAGUGGCGGGCGGUCAGUUUGGGACUUCAGUGAGCUAAUCCACCUCUCAGCAACACCAUCACGUCACAAAAAUGAUGUACAAAAAGGCUCCACAUGUAUAACGGUGUGUGGCAUUAAAAGAAGUGAGAGAGAGAGAGAGAUUCCCCAUUUGUGGAUGAAUGUCAUCAUUAUGAAAGUAAAGUAAUCUUCUACACACUGUUGACAAGUGAGAAAGCACUAAGUAGUACACAGAACAUUAGUUUGUAACACUUGAGACGGGUCUCCAUUUUAUAGGUCUUGGUCUUUGCCUUGGACUUGACCUCCAAAAGUCUUGGUACUCUAUAUUUGUAGACUGCACAAUGUAGCGCAAAUGGUGACACUUUGGUGACCGACGGCUCUAUUUUCAGUGAUGCAUCUUCAUGUGUGCCCGAGCGCAAGACUCUCUGCGAGUUGGCAGACCCUGCUUGGCGGAGUGACAUUCUGGUGACCAUCUAAACGUGGUCUCGGUUAGCUUUGGUCUCAGCAUCCCAUGUUCUGGCCCUCAUUUGUCUACUUUGGAACAGCCAUGACCACAGUUGGCGGCGUUCACCGAGGCUACCUCAGGAAAUAUGGGGGCUUCAUGUUCAAGCAGUGGAAGGACAAGUACGUGGUCCUCAGCAUGGAAGGAAGCCUCCUGGUGUGCCGAGACGGCGAGUCCCCGCCCGACCAGGUGGUGGACUUGCAGAGCCACUGCGAGCUGAUCGUGGAGGGCCGCGAGAUCCUGGACUUGCCCAGGCUGCCUGCGGGGGGCCGCAGGGACUGCUGCUUCGCCCUCGUCCUGCAGCAGAGCAAGUUCCUGCUAAUGCUCGCCGACAACCCGGACGACUGCACUCUGUGGCUGAAGCUGAUAAGGAAAGUGAGAGAGGGUGUCAUGUCACCCGUGAGCUUGCAGAGGCAGCGCAGCGUCACCCGCUGCAUCACCGACAGGGACCUGCUGCCCGACUUCGCCAGUAACACGGACCCCGGGUCGCCCCGGGCCAGCGAGGGUACCCCGCCGCCGUCGGCCCACAUCACAGAGAGGGGCGGAUCACUGAGAGAGAGAAGUCAGAGUCCAGUUGGUGGACCACGGCGGCCCCAGCGCAGUGUCUCGGUGGCCCCCCCUCACCGGGUGUCGGAUUGUCUUCGCCACGGCAACAGCAGCGACGCCCGGGCGGUGCGGGCCGUGUGCCUGUUGAUGGGGAGCGCGGCAGCCUCCUCGGCCAUGGGCUACCUCAGCUCCUGCUCCCCGUCCUCGCCGUUGGUCGGCAGAGCGACCGAAAUGGUCCACGCCGGCUUCUCGGAAAUGCCGGCCGGGGGGUCGUUUCACGGCUGUGGCCAGGACGUCGACUCCGGCGCGCACUUCAACAGCUUCGACUUUGAGGGCGACUCUGACUUUGACGCUUUUGACUGCGGAGGGUUUGCCUUUUAAAAGACUUGUUGUGUUGGCAGCCCAUUCAAGCAGGGGUUCUCCAAAUUUUCGGGUCGAGGGGAGAAAUAUAAUCUUAAAGCCAAACAAGUGUACCCAUAUAAAAGCCACAGGAAUGACAAAAUUGACGAUUUGGGUGGAAUAAGGUCAUCAUUUUACAACAACAAAAGUUGUAAUGUUAUGAGAAUAAAGUCAGAUUUUUUUCAAGAAAAACGUAAUCUUUGCAAGAACAAAGAUUUUUUUUUCCUUUCCGACUCUUUUGUUAAAACAUUACAAUUUAUUCUCUCUAACAAACUAUUUAUUGCAAAAUUACGAUUUCCUUUCCUCCAAAUUUCACCUUUUUUAAAAAGAAAAAAUCAGUGGCAUUUAUGGGCACACAUGGCAGUUUUGUUUUUUUAAUUUUGUUUCUACCAUAAAGUUUUGAUUACGUGCAAUCUUCAGACUAAAUUCUUAUUUUUCAAAGAAAAAAGGUAAAUGAUAUUACAACCCUAAAUUAAAAGUCAGAUUUUUCUCUGAAAAAGUGUGCAAUAUUAUAAUAUGAAAGUGGUAUUUAAAAAAAAAAUCACAAGACUACAAGAAAAAAAAGAUUCUGGUAAUUAAAGAAAGAUUAUUUAAAAAGUGUUUUGAAAAAAUGCUGGAAUGUUACAAAAUUAAAAUUUUAGAUUUGUUUUAAAGAAAAGACUAUAUAUAUAUUUUUGAAAAAAUAAAUUGUAAUGUUAUGACAAUAAACAGAUUAUUUUUUUCAAAAAACAAACAGUUGUAAUCUUUACAACAAGAAGCAUUUUGUUGGGAUUAUGAGAGAAAAACUAAAAAAAAAAACAUUUAAAUAUAGCUUUACUCUUGUAAUAUUACACCUUUUUACGAUAGAAAAGAUGCCUUUAUUCUUCAAAAUCUUUUUUCGUGUGCGUGGUCUACAAUGAAAUCUGAAGACUAUGAAGGCAUUCUGGGCUGAAAUGUGUCCGUUAAUAUUUCAACAUGGAUGAGCCUUUGUCACAUUCUGGGGCUGCUUUGUGAAAUCUGACACAGGCCGUUGGACUGUGUUCUAAAAAAAAAAAAGCAAAACAAAAAAACCCACGCCUUUUUUUGGGGGGGGGAAAUAAUCAUUUAUCCAGUGAUGUCAGAUUUACGCAUGCAUGAUCCAUCGCAAUCAUAUCAGAGAUUUUUUAUUGGCUGAAAGCUACGGUAGAAAGGAGUGUCUGGUUGAUUUAUAUUUGUACAUAAACCGCAAAGCUCCAGCUCAUGGACCCCCGAGGGUUUGGGGAUCCCAGUUUGUGAACUCUUGCUUUAAAAUAGCUUCUUAAUACUUGUGAAUUGUAAAUGAAUGAUGGUGUUUUUCCUGGUUCUCCAUGCCAAUGCUCCUCAGGUAAAUCAUUCAUGAUCCACCCAUUCAUUUUCUAUAGCGUCUGUUGGGCUGCAGCGUAUCCCAGCUGACUUUUGGCAAGGGAAGCGGGGUAUAUUCCGGACUGGUCGCCAGACAAUCGCAGGACACGUAGAGACAAACAUGCAUUCACACUCACAUUCACACCUAAGGACAAUUUAGAGUCUUCAAUGACCAGAGGUGGGUAGAGUAGCCAAAUAUUGUACUCAAGUAAGAGUCCUGUUAAUUUAGAAUAAUAUGACUCAAGUAAAAGUCAAAAGUAGUCAUCCAAAUAUUUACUUGAGUAAGAGUAAGAAAGUACUCAAUCAAAGAUCUACUCAAGUAAAGAGUAACUUGUGAGUAACUUCUGAUUUAUUUAUUUUUUAAAUUUAGAGCACGAACAUCAAAUAAAAUAAAAAAAUAUAUAUAUUGUAGUCGACACACACCUGCCACCAUAUCCAUUUUUAACUGCCCAAUUAGCAACAACACAUACAUUGGGCCCUACAGAAACAUUAUUUCCUUUAUUCACUUAAAUGACUUCAUGAAGAAGCUGUUUGUUGACCACAUUUAGGGAUUGUGUGUGCGUGUAGGAAUAGUGCUGAUUUUGCCGUAUCCACUGGCAAAACAACAGUAGAAACAUCUGCAACUUACCGCAAGCUGUUUUCUCAAGUUAGAAGUGGGCUAAAAUAUCCAAGUUUGAGCAGUCACAAUUCAAGAGCUGCAUGACAAAGCUUUUUGUUUUUUUAAGUCUGUAAAAUAAACACAGUCGCGCAGCUGUUGUUUUCCCCCCCAAAAUGAGUCAUUUUGAUUAGCUCGCGAAGGCUACGUGCGCGGUCAUGUGACUGACUUGUGUCGUCUGAUUGGUGAAUUGGAGUUAAAUGACAUUAGUGACCCUGUUUGAUUGGCGCAACGGUCUGCCUAUGUGGAAGUCGAAGAUGGAGUCUAAAAAUAGACGCGCACAGGCAAGAAUGAAUAAAUAAAACUAGCGAACGGCGUGUCGAUCAUUGUAACGGAGUAAAAAUAUCGACCUUCUUCACAUAAAUACUCAAGUAAAAGUUGAAAGUACGGUGCACUUAAAGGACUCUGAUAAGCACAGUUGAUGGAAAAUGUUACUUGAGUAAAUGUAACGCGUUACUACCCACCUCUGGCAAUGACCCAAACAUGCAUGCAUUUGGAAUGUGUGAGGAAGCCGCAGAAAACCCGAGUCGAGAUUUGAACCCUGGACCUAUUGACUGCAUGCAUGCAUGAUUUCUGAUAUUAUUUAUUUAUUCUUUCCAAGCAGUCCACUCUCCUUUCUGUCUCCCCACUGUAAACAUGCCCUUUAGUGUUGUUCCCAUUGAACAUUUUAUAUUAAAUGCCGUCCAAUAAAAGUGUGUCGUUUUGUGACGAGCAAACAAGACAACUUCAAUUAUUCGUGAUGCAUGGAGCUCGGUGCAUGUCAUGCAGUCCAACUGCAGACUCACCAACAGUUUACAUCCAGCGCUGUCGCUUCUUCCAUUUUGUACUGCAUUAUGUAACUGAGUCACAUGCCGGAUCUCAUCCUACAGACUUGAUUGAGUGAAAUGAUGUUGCCGGAAAAAAGAGCAGCCUCUUGCCAACGCCAUCAAAAACAAGAGGGUUUAAGCCUCUUUGUUCCUUUACACACACAGAUGAUCUUUUUUUUCUCAAAAAUUAUUUCAAUGUUUAAACCCAAGUAAAAAAAAAAAGACUAUUCCGGUGCAGCAUGAUGUUAUUACCCGCUUUUUCCAUAAAAUAUUACCUUUCUCACCCAAAAUAUGGCUUU